AUGGAGAAUCGCGAGGACAAGAUCUAUAACGAGCGAAGAGCUUCAAAAGCGCAGCGGAUCCUGGGCACCAAUCUGCCUCUCCCAGCGCCGCAGAGGGAAUGCGACAAGCCGCAGAAGACCCGUCGACAUAGUGUACGAACUCCGGACAAUAGCUCGAGACAACAAAAUCAGAGCUCGGCCUUUGCGGCAUUUCCAUCGUCACGAGAUGCCAUUGCCCCUCCUCCCAAUCUUCGAGUGCGAGCUUCGUCUCCCUUGCUCGGCUACAAUUAUCACGCUCAAGAGUCAGCGCCCUCGAAGACCAGGACGUCCAAGAAGGUUCAUCAAUCCGGAUCCUCCUCGACUUUAUUUUCCUAUUUCAGCUCAAAAGAACAAAAUAAGUCCUCAUCUGUCGCCUCGCCAACCAGUACCAAACCAUCAAGCUUGCAGCCUCACAUCCGUCACGAGCUUGGAUUCGAUCCCAAGGUUACUUACAAGCAACAACCGCGCAGCAAAGCUGGUAAAGAUCAGGGCACAGAAAAGGAAGCAAAGCGUAAGCUGCGUCCUUCGCGUCUGGAUUUGUCGCUGCUCUUUCCAAAGCCUCGGAAUCCCGCCCCGCCCCUGUUGUCUCCCCAUCGCAUGACACAAUCGCCAUCACCGGCGUCCAGUGUGGCGUCGGACCGUCCUCCCGCGCGUUUAGAGCGAGGAUCAGGCUUUCUUUCUCCGAAGACACCGGGUGAGUCUGUGCCACCGCGGUCGCUCGGCAUCUACCGUCUUGGGAGCAAGUCAAACAAUGAUCUCUCUGAUCUGCAUUCAAUUCCCGAGUCGAAGGACAGUGAGUGGUAUGAUCAGUCUUUAGAGCGGAUCGUAGGGACUAGUGAGAUCGAUAUCGCCCUGGACAGAUAUGCAGGCCGCCGCUCGUUGUUCAGCCGUUCCAGUGUCUAUACGGGUAGUCGAGAUCAUCUACGACAGGAUUCUCCGCGGACCACUGAAGGUGAAUUUGUGCUUCGAAGAGAGCAAGCUCCCCCGACUUCUCGGCCUGGAGAACUUUUUCUGGUGGCCGCUCCACAGCCGAAGAGCACCCCCGCCACCGCGCGUCAACCACAGAGUCUAGCAAGUCGCGGGGCGGAAAGAGCUCACGUACUUUGCCUUUCAUCAUCCGAGGACGAAGACGAAGAGUGUGUCGAUGAGAGGUCGAGACUCGAGCAAACCAGAGAUACCAAGGUCACCCAUCGAGACCGCGCGGCCCCAUAUCACGAUUCGGAACAGGAGGCUAGCAACGCGCGAACAUUACAUGCCCCAGCUUUGAAACGGCCUGAUCGGGCACCGUCAAAUAGUAGUCAUGGCUCCUACUCCGAAAGCCGCCAACAGUCUACUCAGAAAUAUGCCUCGGUUGAGUCUACUGGCCACUUGUCAGUUGGCGCUCGUCGAAUUCCCAACUCCGCGCGCUCAAGUGAUAUUCCCAUUAUUGCCGAGCCCGAUAUUUUGAGCCAAUUCCCGCAACAGCCUUCACGUACUCCCCAAGAAUUGAGGGAGUUGAAUCGGCGAAGCCGUGUCAUUGCGGUGACGCGUCAAGAGCAAGAUCUGCUUGAGGCAAUGCGGCAGCGAAAAGGCAAGAUCACACCAAGCAUCUUGAACCUCAACAGUGGCACGGCGGAGUCGGACGGUAACUCGCUUGCGUCGGGGCCAUCACAAGGCUCAUUCUGCGACGUUGACACGUCGUUCUUGCGCCUGAGCGCUACUCUGUCUUCCGUACAGAGUCGGACUGAUCAAGGUGUCGUCCACACAGACAGUGACGGAGGAGCCUCGCAAAGCUUGGGGUCUGAUAACGAACAGACGAAUGACACCCGGUUCGCCUGGCCUGGACGGAGCGCAGGCUACAGUGAGAGCCUCCCUUCGCCCCCUGCCAGUGCUGUCUCCCCUCUCACGCCCACUCUCCCUAGCCAUCGAUUCUCACCAUUGCCGUCCGCAAAGCCACCCCCUCGGGGUCCCCCCCCGGCCAUUCCAGAGGACCUGAAGCUGCACUCUCGUCGCCGAACAGAUAGCAGCGAAGCAAUCAUGCUUAACGAUGAUGGCGAGCUGCAGCGCAAACAGGGCCUUCCUAUCUGGGCCUUCGACAGUGCAUGGGAUCAAGGCCGGGUGAAUAUUGGCUCUGCCCAUUAG